AUGGAGACCCUGGACACCUUGUUGAUGCAGCCGAUGGAGGCCAUCGCGGAGGCGGCGAGACGGAAGGACAUGCAGUGGCUAAACGAGCUGCUGAAGAGAUAUGGCUACACUCUUCACAGUGCUGCGAUCCUCGCAGCCGGAGAUGGCAACGCAGCGGCUGUGGAGAAUUUGUUGCCCUUGUGUUGCGACGUUGAGAGCGACGACGACGAUGGCGAGACAUUUGAGGUGCUGCAUGAGAUGGCUACAACUGCUGCCCGCCUUGGACACUCGGAGGUGUAUGGGUACUACGAGGAACCGGAGGAUAUUUCAAGUGAGGCGCUGUACCUUGCCAUUCAAGGUGGACACACUGCUAUAGUGAACUUCCUGUUGUAUGAGGCGUACAAAAUUUGGGACCUCAGGAAGGCACUGGAGCUAGCGAUCGAUACGGGGUUGCUCACUGCUGUAGCGCCAAUUAUCGAGACCUAUAUGAAGAACAACUCGGUGACCAUGGAGCGGAUGUUCGUUGAACUGGCAGAAAUGGGCUACAAACGGAGUGUGAGGUAUUUGUACAACCAAGGACACAACGAUCCCGAGAUGAUCGGCAAAGCCUUUGGCGCAGCCGUAGGAAAUGAUGAGAUUGGCGUACUCGAGCUCUUGUUGAAUACGGGGCGAGUAGCUUCGAGCGCGUUCGAUAAAGGAUUGGAGACAGCUGCGCACGAAGGAUCUACCCGAGUUGUGGUACUGCUCUACAGUAAAGAGCGCGCAGCAGCCGCGUCGGUCUGGCGUGCCUUUGAACGUGCUGGCUGCGUCGCUGUUUCCAUAUUCCUGUAUGAACACGAAAGCUUUCCAGCUGCGUCUGUCGUUGCUGCAUUUCACAAUGCAGCCCAAGAAGGAUGGCAUCACGAUUAUUACCACAUUCCAACUGAAUUGAUUGUCGAGAAAUUUGCCGGUGCCAAGUGGAGCUCGAGAGGUAUGGCAGCACUGUGUGGCGAGGAGCGUAUUCCCAAGGAGACGAUGAGUGAAAUAUUCGAGAAAGCCAUCAAGAAUGGACAUGCCGAGCAGGUGGAACAGUUGGCCAACAGGCUAGCAAGUGGGCUUCGAAGACCAAAGACCGAUAAAAUGCGCGUGGUGUUCGUGAUGGCGUGUUCGCCGUACACUCUUCUCUACGCCGACAUCGAGACGAAUUCAGUUGCAGAGGAUGUGAAGAUGAAGAUCCAAACAAGGUUGUCUCAGCUGCAGAAGGUAGCUCAAGCUCUUCCCCGCGAUGCAAGCGCACAUGUGGCUCUCAACGUCAUUGUCGCCCUGAAGAAAGGAGAUACGACUCGGAUCGAGAGCUUGCUGACGAAGGAAAUUGAUUCUGAGAAGACAUUCGAGGACCUCUUCCCCUUCGUUGGAUUUUCUGGCGACGCACUGCGCGUUAGCAUUGAGCGAGAUGCUGACAUGAGCAAACUGCGCAAUCUACUGCAACGUGAUGCCCGCGUGAAAGACCACAGCACCAUUAGGUUGGUGCUGGCAAAGCUGCGUGGUUCAUGGCUGAAAAUCAAAAGCGACGAUGCUAUUAUGCUGGAUCUAGGAGACGUGACGAAGGACAUGAUGGAGUUGAUACACUCGCAGGAACUCCACUUAGAAGAGCGUGUUGACCAGGUUUUCGGUCUGGAACCUCCCCGAGGCUGUACUCACGUGUUGGUUGUGGUACCACAUCUCCCUCUGCGCAAGGCUUUGCCUGGUGUGCUGUCUAAGUACCGUAUCCAACGGUACUGGAACGACUUCGGUUGUAUUCUGAGGACUUUAAGGCCUGCUAAGGGCAAACCCGUUGCGCUUAACUGGGUGAAAUGGCACGAUAUCAAGAGCAAGUACGAUCUCGACACCUACCACGAGACUUCUCGCCCAGUACGUGACGACUGCUUGGAGCAAGUGAAAGCAAAGUUGACCAAAUCUUUGGACUUACUGAAAGGAGCAGAAACGAACGAGGAGAUGUCGUGGGCCAUAUUUUCUCUCUUGCUGGCUAUUGUUUCGUCCGAGAAUUUGAGCGUGAAAAUAAGCGGCAACCGAUACAUUGAAAACCCAGACGGCAGAUUGAACGUUGGUGGCCAGCUCGACUUCGUCCUCAGCAGCGACUCACACGACGUUUGUCUGAUGCAAUCUCCCGCGGCAGUUCAACACGCACUUGCAGCUGACCCCACGUCCGAAGAAUUGUCAGAUUUGUUCCAGUACGAAGGGGAAUUGAAGACGGGAUUGGCGUAG